CACUUUCCAGCCGCCUUGAAUUCCUUUCUCCUUCUCUUUGCAUGCCUCGUCUAAAUUGCACCUUCUUUUGUCUUUUCUUGUCGAUUCCUCUCUUAAAUAUUCUUGCCUGCCUCUCCUCCGUGUCUGACAUGUACAUCUCUUGAUCCACCUGCCCGUCGCCGAUAUUCGCUUGAUAUUCGAGCACACGAGUAAAGGCCACAGGCCUCUUCGCCGCCCAAGAUGCAUUACCAUUUUGGCCCGUCGACGGACGAAGUCCCCUCUAGCCCGCCAAUUGCAUUGACUUCUUCGCCGGCUAAUUCCUUUCGCUCGCCUACUCGAUCUGUACCCAACAAUGCGUUCCUCUCUCCAACGCGGUCCGUACGAAACAAGGAGCGACGAAACCCAUCCGUCACGCCAAGGCGGUUUGGCCGAUUCUUUACACCUCGAUCAUCCUUGGUUGGCCUUGAUAGGGUGCCUCUAUCAACCUUGGGCUCAGGCUCAGUAAACAGACAUGCCUUUACCAGUCGAUCAGCACCAGGAGACGCCCUGGAGAGCGACCCAAUUUGCUCCUCUCCAACCGAGAGAUUGGCUUCUCCUGGCAAGCGACGUAUGGGAGGCUCAUCACGAGGGCCGAUAAAGCGACACCGUGGCCUAUCAUAUGCCGAUAUGCCGCUUCCUCAGCUCAUUAUUCCGGGCAUGUCAUCUGAUACGCCUAGAUCCAGCUUGGACGACACUCCUGAUGGACUUGGCGAUAGGCGAAAAGCCACUCUUAAUCUGUUUUUCAAAGCUAGCCGAGGCGGUUUGCAUAACUUGCAGGAAAAAUCAUCGCCCAUAUCUACAGACCUGCUUACCACUGGUCGUCGCGCUUCCCAAGCUCUCGAAGGCUACACACCCAACCCCAUUCGAAAAUUUCGAAACCGCGGCUUUGAAGCACAGCUUUUGAAUAGAGAGCACGGUCACUCCUUAAUAUCUAAUGAACAAUAUGUCGCUUCGCCAGCAGCAGAUCCCAGAUCACUCACAGCAUCCUUUUACAGCCGCAGUUCCGAUGUCACAACUUGCACUGCUUAUACAGGACAGGGAAACACCAUUCCCUUUAGUCUAGCAAGCUGUCACAAUGCGCCCGUGACGGCUAUCGGUGAUGAACAGGGCUAUGUUCGACUCUUCAACACAACCACCACCGACCCUCCCGUUGAGAGUAAGGUUGACGCGCAUGUCAAAGUCCACGAUAACGCCAUCAUGGGCCUCGACUUUUCAGACGAUGAUCUUCGACUUGCUACUGCAUGCGGUGACCGUGCAAGCAGAAUAUUAGACGUUGCUACGCAAACUGUAGCGGCCGAACUGUCAGGCGGUCACCACGAUUCGCUACGCCAAAUCAGGUUCCAACCUGGACAAGCCAACGGUUACACACUAGCCACGUCAGAUCGCACUGGUCGCAUUCAAAUAUGGGAUCUCCGCUGCUCGCCUAUCCCUAUCAACACAUUCUCUUCGCGGGGUCCCCAAGGAAUCAACCACCGUGACACUGCUCUCGACUACCUUUAUGCGAAAACAAUCAACACAAUCGACAAUGCACAUGAACGAACCGUUCAUGGUAGCACUUCCUCAGCGUCUGUCACUGCUCUGCAAUGGCUGCCACCAGGCCGCGAACACCUUCUCCUGUCGGCUUCGGAGGCCAAUGCCGUCAUCAAGCUAUGGGAUACCAGAUAUAUCAAGCCGCGACGGCAAGCGGAAGAAACACCACUGGCUAUUACUCCUGAGCCCCGCGGUCAUGCAUGGCGAUCGUACGGCCUUACUUCCCUUGCACUAAGCACUGAUGCUGCCCGACUCUACGCUGUGUGCAAGGAUAGCACAGUCUAUGCGUAUUCCACAGCCCAUCUAAUGCUCGGCCAUGCACCAGAGCUCAAAGACGACGCAACAAAACGCAAACCACAUGGUGAACAAGGCCUUGGCCCGCUGUUCGGCUUCAAGCACGAUAUGUUUCGCGCACAGUCAUUCUAUGUCAAAUGUGCCAUUCGCCCUGCUACGGAUCGGAGUCCCGAGCUUCUCGCUGUGGGUAGCUCAGACAGCUGUGCCGUGCUCUUCCCUACAGACGAGCGCUACAUGCGAUCUUCAUGGUCCCAAUCUUGUCACGCAAACUCCCAAACAUCAUUUAACUCUUCCAUUCCGCCGCUGACGCCAGGAACACCUUCCGGAGGUUCCUUCUUUCCAAUGUCCUGCACAACGCCAUCUGCAGCAAACCCAACCGCGAGCAGUCUUGUCCCGAUAUAUCGCGGUGGCACUGCACUUAUCCGGGGCCACUCUCGCGAAGUAACAACGUUGAGUUGGAGCUAUGAAGGCAAGCUUGUCACUGCAUCGGAUGACUACAUUGUCCGCCAGUGGCAGCAAGACGAGGAAGAGGCUAAGCAUCUUCGCACGGUUGGCGAGUUUGGCGGCGAGCGACACAUGGCUGGAUGGGCAGAUGUUGAGGCCAACUGGGACGUUGCUGAUGAUGAAUGAAUGAACCAUGACGACGAUACAAUACCUUGCGCAUUUAAUUUUGUUAUUCCAUACUACUAUUAGAGACAAUGGGGUCUCAUUGGAGAGCAUUUACAUUUUGCUUCACACGUUGCAAUUACCUUACGAUUUGCAUGGCCGGCGUUAUUUUACAUGGAUAUAGUAGUUUUAAAUCUUUCAAUUACAAUUGUAGCUAAUGCAUGUUACUACAUACUUCUGGUCGUGAUUCGUAUUUAUAGGAGCGGGCUUCCUGAAGGUAUAAAGGGUGCCGUCGCGGAAUAAUCUCUCUUCAAGAGCAAGACGACUGUUAUAGUGUCGUAGAGGCUAUGAUGCCAUGACGCUUCCAACGUAAAUGGCAACAAUCACAGCAGUCGCGGUUCCGGCUACAGCGUACGUUCGAAGACUACCGUCUGCAACGGGCCAGCCUGACGAUUUGUGUACAGCCGUUGCCAUAUUUGCUUCAAGAGGCUCAUCAGCAGGACUCUUGGAUGUUUGAAACCGUACGCCUUUGGCGCUCGGUAUCAGCCGAAUGGUCGUUACAGGCUGCUCUACUUCCCCCUUGCCGCUUGACUGGCGACUGUGUGAUAGGGAGUUACCCAUGGAAGAGCUAAUCUGCUGGGGAUUGCCAGGAUUUGAGUUGGAAGUCGUAGACGAAGAAUCGGCUGACCCGUCUCUUCUAUUCCUCUCCUUCGCGACGGAUAGACUGUCACGCAUUCUUGAGACCAACGGAUUCAAUAUUUGACCCAGAGCGAACAGCGAUGGACGUCGGACGGCUUCAGCAGGUUGGCUGUGAAUACUGUCUAGCUGCUCCACCAAGAAGAUCAUAUGCUCAAAAAUACAUAUUGAUUCCCGAACAAUGUCAUCUCUUUCGGGGCCAGUCAAUUCGUAUUCGGAGUCGAGUAGCUGUUGCUUGAACUCGCCCUUGAGGUCCUCGCCAUCGGUGGGGGUGUCAAAACGUAGGAACGAGAUAGGGAUAUGGUUUGGGGCAUCGACUGCAGUGGUGUCUUCCUCAGCUACAGCUAAGUCCACUAGAGAGCCAAUGGUAACGCGGCGGGAGACAUCGUCGUCUGUGGCCCAAAAAUCCUCGCCUGCGCCCUCUAGUGUAGCGCGAAUAAAUCGACCCCCAGCAAAGAGUGCCAUGUAUAAAAUGUAUGUAUAUGCAAUGAGAACAUGCGGCUUUAGAGAUAUUGACCUUCUGACAUGUGUCAAGAAGUCAGCUAGUGCUAGUGACUUGCCCACGGCCUGAAGCUGUUCAUCAACAGUUUGCUCGUCCCAACCAGUGACUGACCGAAGAUCAGACUUUAGGCUUUCGGAUCGCAGAAGCUUUGAAAUAUGGAGUCGUGAUAGUACUGUAUGUAUUCUUUCUCCAACAUUCGUAAUGUUUCUCGGAGUCGAUAGCUCUGCUUCGCGGUCUUGUCCAAGCUGUUCAACCGUGUCAUUAGGCGACCCUGGUGCCGCUGUUAAAAUAUCCCUCCAGGCUGUUUCAAACGUGACAUAGAUAGCGGCAAUAUGUAGUAAGCCAGAAGCAUAUUUCGUAGGACUUGGACAUGCAGGCGGUAGGGCCUGAGGCAAGAGAGCAAGAAUCUUCUUGUUAAGCUUGGUGUGAAUCGAGCGAGUGGCUGUGUUGAUGGCCUGAGGUAAAGGCAUGCCCUCAUGUCGAGUACUUGUAGUAGAAUCCAUAACGGCAAAGAAAAGGUGUGUGUAGCGAUCUAGGAGCUAAAGAUGCACAGCUUUAGGAGCGUGGUGGUGGAUGGUAGGUAGGAGUUGGCACAGGGUUACUGUUGUAACGACUGGCGAGGCUUGCAUUUAAGCAUACAUGGCGAUGACCUGGGUUCGGAGACCCUUCCUCUUCUUUCCCAACUAGAACUGGCGCUGUGUCUCUUUGGAAGGGAGCCAAGGCAGACGCCACCGAGCCUGCACGCUCACCCAAUGAAGGAGCAGCCGGCAACGCACAGAUCCAGUACACGCGGUAUGGUCAGGUGGCGAGAGACCAAGAGUGAUGCGGGAAUAGUCGCACAGACUGACUGGCGCAGCAGCCUCUCAGCAAUGAGGCGGCGGCUAGUAGUUAGUCUGUUGUGGCAGCCAACGGGAGGCCAGUGCUUCUUGUGGUUGGUUAGAUGCUCGAUGGGUGUGGUGUGACAGCAGGUCGUUUUGCUCUAGAACAGGCAGCGUAGCUCAAACAGAUGAUUUUCCACUCUCUAAAUUAAGACGCGGUGAGGUGGCGCUGGUCCUCCUGUUAUGUUCCCGGCCAAAAGCCAUUUUUGCUAGCGGCAUGUGUUUUUUUUGUUGGCAAAAGUGCGUUAGUGGUG